GGAAAAGCUCACUGUAGUGUGUGUGCUGUGAGACGCAGUUUUAUUAUUUUUUUUUAUUUUUUUAUUUUUUUUUUGAGAAUACUCGCGCACACAAUAAACAAUAGAAGUGUGAUUGAAAAAUUAUUAAGCAUUUUUUUUAACCUUUUGUUUGUUGAUAGUUACGUUGUAUUUUUUUUCAUGGAUUGUUGAAUACAUUUUGGAGAGGAAAAAUUGUUAAAAUAAAUACAUAGCGACCUCGCAGCCAACGUUGCAGAUUGUCGUAUAAUUUUUUUUUAUUGGAAAGGAAGCCGUUUUUGUUGUUAUUUAGCGGUCGUGCCUGUGUUUGUGGCUUGAUACUGUGUGAUUAGUCUUCGCUAUUUAGUGUGUGCGUAUAUGGUAGUGGUGAGUGUAGCGUGUAUGUGUGUUGCGUUAGUACAAAAAUUGAAAACGCCAAAGUAAAACCAUCAAGAAGAAGAAUCAAAGAAAAAUUUGACAGGUAAACUAUUUACACGUUAUCUUGGCUUGGGGAUAAUUCCAGAGGCGAAUAUACAUAGCGGAAGAGUGUCGCCUAACAUGGAAAUUGAGCCGGAUCAGUCAAUGGAAGCAAUGGAUAUUCAAGAAAUGGAUGCUCUACCUGGCGGUGAAUUGCAACACCAACAGCAUUUGAAUAAGUUACAUUUGAGCCCAAAUCCUGGUCAGUUGCCUAAUGAAAAUGGCAAUGUUCCACCACAACAACUGUUAGCUGAUUCGGGAUCUCCUUAUGCUAAUGAACAAGAAAUGGCCGAAGACGAUGACCUUAAAGAGGAUCAAUGUCGUUCAGAGGCAACAUUCUCCUACAUCGUAGAGAAUAUUAUUCAUUUGAAACAACAACAAUUAUCGCCACCCGUUUUUGUGCGCAUGCUACCAUGGAAGAUUAUGGUAAUCCCCAAUGAACGUGCCUUGGGCUUUUUCCUGCAGUGCAAUGGUGAGAAUGAUUCACCUACGUGGUCCUGUAAUGCCAUUGCAGAAUUACGUUUAAAAAGUCACAAACCAGGAGCUAAGCCUUUCACACGUAUGCGUAUUAAACAUUUGUUCUACUCGAAGGAAAAUGAUUACGGGUAUUCCAAUUUCAUUUCUUGGCAAGAAUUGCGUGAUCCCGACAACUAUUAUAUUCACAAUGGAGCCAUUACAUUAGAGGUAUUUGUACACGCAGACGCUCCUCACGGUGUACUAUGGGAUUCAAAGAAGCAUACAGGUUAUGUCGGUCUAAAAAAUCAAGGAGCUACUUGUUACAUGAAUUCUCUCCUGCAAACUCUGUACUUUACCAAUCAAUUGCGCAGAGCCGUAUAUAAAAUACCAACUGAGGCAGAUGACAGUACCAAAUCUGUAGGUCUUUCGCUGCAGCGCGUCUUUCACGAACUUCAGUUCAGUGAUAAACCAGUUGGCACUAAAAAAUUAACCAAGUCCUUCGGCUGGGAAACGCUUGAUUCAUUUAUGCAACAUGAUGUUCAAGAGUUUUUGCGCGUUUUGCUUGACAAGCUUGAAUCUAAAAUGAAAGGCACUAAUCUGGAAGGUACAAUACCAGGUCUGUUUGAGGGAAAAAUGUCCUCAUACAUAAAAUGCAAAAAUGUCGAUUACAAUAGUACACGUUACGAAACGUUUUAUGAUAUACAGUUAAACAUUAAGGAUAAAAAGGAUAUUUUGGAAUCUUUCCAAGAUUACAUUACACCCGAAACUCUAGAAGGCGAUAAUAAAUAUGAUGCUGGCGUUCAUGGUUUGCAGGAGGCAAGUAAAGGCGUACAUUUUACUUCAUUCCCGCCGGUGUUGCACUUGCAUUUAAUGCGUUUUCAAUAUGACCCGGUUACUGAUAGUUCAAUCAAAUAUAAUGACCGUUUUCAAUUCUAUGAGCAAAUCAAUCUUGAUCGAUUCCUGGAGAAGGAAGGUGAUACCAAAGCCGAGUACGUUUUACACGCUGUACUUGUUCACUCGGGAGAUAAUCAUGGUGGUCACUACGUGGUUUUCAUUAAUCCAAAAUGCGACGGUAAGUGGUACAAAUUCGAUGAUGAUGUGGUCUGCAGUUGCAAGAAAAUCGAAGCAAUAGAACUAAAUUAUGGCGGCAUGGAUGAUGAGGUAUCGUUUCAUGCCAAGUGUAGCAAUGCGUACAUGUUGGUUUAUAUACGAAAAUCAGAGAUUAAUCGAAUUUUAAGCGAUAUACCCGAGAAUGAGAUACCUAGUGAGCUAGUCGAACGUCUCGAUUUGGAAAAGCGUAUUGAAAUGGCUCGUCGUAAAGAACGAAGUGAAGUUAAUUUGUAUGUAUCCGUUCAUAUUAUACUUGAGGAGUAUUUUGAAGCGCAACAGAAGCGCCGCCUUUUCGAUUUGGAUAAGAUUCAUCAGCGUUUGUUUAAAUUUAAGCAGACACAAUCUGUUGAGGAAAUGAUGGAACAAUUUGUCAAGUCUUUUUGCGUGCCAAAAGGACGUAUGCGCGUUUGGAUAAUGUACGCGGCUCAGACACAAAAAUUCUUUUACUUUGACUUUCAACGGGAGGGUCAUCGUACCAUUGAGCAAAUCCCCAGUUCCCAAAAACCAUGGGUAAUAUUUCUGGAAUUGGCUCCCCAAGACAAACCUGGCGGUGCACUGCAGCCUUUCGAUCCCAAAAAAGAAGUAUUGAUUUUUUUCAAGUUCUACGAUGCCCGUAACAAGCGACUUAAUUACAUCGGUUGUUCACAGCAACCAUUGGGUCGCCGUCUUAUCGAAAUAGUACCGGAUGUAAAUACUCACUUAGGCUUUGAUAAUGACACGGAAUUAACCGUAUACGAUGAAUGUAAUGAUCGCAAAGUUACAAAUCUAAAUGAGACGUUAGAGAAUAUUCUUGAUUCCCAUCCGGAUAAUACAGAUCGCGGCACUCUUCAGGGCUUCAUAUUAAUUUUUGAGAAAGAUCACACCGAUCCUAAAUUGGAAUUGCCCACGGUCGUUGAUUAUUUUUCAGACUUAGUUUACCGAGUGGAAGUCACAUUUUGUGACAAAGGUAAUCCAAACGAGCCCGAAAUAGUACUCGAACUUUCAAAUCGUUACACAUAUGAUCAAAUGGCUCAAGCAGUUGCAGAACGUCUAAAUACUGAUCCCAACAAAUUACAAUUUUUUACCUGUACUAGCAGUUAUAAAGAUCAACCGGGUACUGCAAUUCAGUAUCAAACCAAGAGUUGCCUGAAGGAGUUGUUGAUGCCUUCGAAGCAAAGCGCCACCAAAAAGCUUUUCUAUCAAAGACUGUCGCUCAGCAUACACGAACUUGACAAUAAAAAGCAAUUCAAGUGCAUCUGGGUUUCAAAUGAUUUGAAAGAUGAAAAGGAGCUGGUACUCUAUCCCAAUAAAAAUGAUACUGUCAAGGGAUUGUUAGAAGAGGCCGCCAAAAAGAUACAAUUCUCUGAAAAUAGUUCGAAAAAGUUAAGAUUACUUAAGGUGAACAAUCACAAAAUUGUGACUGUCUUGAAAGAAGACAUGUCACUGGAAUCUCUUCAAAAUGCCAUGGACCCCAUUGCACCGCAAAGCGCCCAGAAAACAUUUCGUAUCGAAGAAGUGCCUAUGGAAGAUAUACAAUUGGCCGAAAAUGAAAUGCUUAUACCGGUGGCUCAUUACAGUAAAGAGAUAUUUAAUCUAUUUGGGGUGCCUUUCUUGAUUAAGGCAAAACUUAAUGAGCCAUAUGGUGCUCUUAAGCAACGCAUCCAAAAACGUCUCAAUGUACCCGACAAAGAGUGGGAAAACUACAAGUUUGUUAUCAUGGGGAGUAAUACGUCUGAUGUCCAUGAUAAUACACCUGUGGAUUUUGACACUUAUCGCAGUUUUAGUAAGAGCUGGCCACACUUUGGUCUGGAUCACAUUAACAAAUCACGCAAGCGGACGUCUCUAAAUUUUUCUGAGAAGGCCAUCAAGAUUUACAAUUAAAUUAACCCUCCCUGCCCCUCCCUUCUCCCAAACACUAUUAUAUCUUUACUAUAUAUUAAAACGGAUCAAACAAUUAACAGAAAAAAAAAAAAAAAAAAUCCCAACAAAAGUCUAUUUGAAAAACAAAACAAGAAAACAAUAAAUAAAGGAAAAAAGAACAACUACCAAAUUAAAAAGCAGGCCAACAACAGUAUACCGUUAAAUAGUCAGUUAGCUAAGGCUCGUCAUCACCAACAUGCCGAAUAAAAAAAUUAUUGAGUGAGUAAAUAUAAAAGCGAGUAAUUAUGUGGUAGAGAAUUUUAACAAUUCGUU